AUGUCUGAGGCGUCCACUACCACUGUGCUGGCCCCUCCACAAACUAGCUCUCCUGCAGCUCCAUCUAGUCCACCUGCAGGCUCAAGUGUCACUGCAGAAGCCGUUGCGACUGCGACAACGCCUACUUCUCCCGGACCUGCAGCGCCCAAGGUGCGCAAUCAAGCUCCUGGCAUACCCGAUAGGCGGAAGAGCCUGCGACCAGCGAACAGUCGAGCUUCGCGAGGGAGCAAGAAGAGCAGCGGUGUGCCCGCCAGGCUGUCGAUGGCCGAUAUGGCUUCGGAAAUGCGUGUCAAGGAUGUAGACGAGGAGGACGCGGACAAGAUUGAAGAGCAAUUCGAGGACGCAGAAUCGACACCACGGCCGGCAUCGACCGAGCCAGAAAGCAAUGCACACGACCAUGUGACGACCAAUGCCCAUGCGCAAGAGGACGAGGAGGGUGGAGUCGACGCCGACGCUGUGGUCGACAAUGAACCCCCGAUCACGAUUGAGGAUCACGACAGCGACAAUCAAUCGACUGCGAAGAUGCCGAACGGUGUAGAUAGCGAGGAAACGGCAGCUUCAGAACAGCAGUCGCACUCGCGGCAGACGACUCUCGACAGUGUGCAACUGCCUCCAUCAGUCAGGAAACCUUCCCCAGCACCCAGCAUUCGGGAUCGGAGUCUGUCACCUGGAAAGUCGCGCUCUGCUUCACGCCAGCAGUCACCUGUCCGAACUAUGCAAGGCCUCUCUGGUGAGCUGCCGAUCAUCUCGCAACCCCCACCCUCCUCCGCCGGCCGACUUCAAGCGCUCGAACGCCAGAACACGGACCCUAUUUCUUCUCCGCCGCAGCCAGGUAACCUAGCGCGAAAGGCCUCGAGUGGCUUUGGAGCGCUGUUAGGCAGGAUGGGCAGUAUUAGGAAGCCUGCACGAUCGCCGCCAGCGCCGAGGCAGGAGAGCAGGUUCAAUGAACGGCGCGGCACUGGAGCGUCACUUGCUUCAGUGGACGGCAGCCAUACGCCAGCCAUACACGAUGGUAGUAAGCUCAGCCUACAAGAUCAGUUCUCGAACCUAAGACGGCAGGAGGAGUACAGCAUCCACGAAGGCAAUGGGCAUAUCUCGGAAGAGUCAGACACAAGAACAGAAAGGGCACAGAGCGAUGCGAGUUCCCAAACAUCCAAGACUCCAGGAUGCGAAGAGCGGGCCAAUUCAACUACGGCACUGAAGUCGCCGCCAUUGAAUCCAAGCCUACCUCCUGGGACUGCUUCGGGCGUGUCAGCAGGUCCUACGACAGAACCUCGGGAAGUCAAUUGGGAUCUCUGGCAGAAGCUAGUCUACGAAGGUCCUGCUGCCGUCGCGAGGGCCAGCGGACAACAGCUCAAUCAAGCUAUUACUUCUGGCAUUCCCCCUGUCAUCCGUGGCGUGGUGUGGCAGGUGUUGGCUGAGAGCAAGAAUGAAGAGCUGGAGAGCGUGUAUCGGACACUCAAAGCUAGGGGUACAGAAUCUGAGAAUCGUCCAGCUCCAUCGCGGCCAGGCUCGUUAGUUGGUGCCAAUGGAACCGCCAUUGACAAGGAUGGCGUCACGUCCGAUGCCUCGAGUGAGCACUCGGAUCGUUCGACGACUGCGACGUCCGGUGUCGCAAGCCCUCCAACUUCGGUGUCGGUUGAAAGCACUGGGCCAGAACUCAGAUCUAAGCUUCUGGAAGAGAAGCAGAAGCGAGAGGCGGUUGCACUCCAGAAGCUUGAAAAGGCAAUCAAACGAGACAUGGGGUCAAGGACAUCGUACAGCAAGUUCACACAAGCGAACGGACUGCAGGAUGGACUUUUUGGUGUCUGCAAAGCCUACGCACUCUUCGACGAAGGCGUCGGGUAUGCGCAAGGUAUCAAUUUUAUCGCGAUGCCACUGCUCUUCAAUCUCGCCGAAGAAGAAGCAUUUACGUUGCUUGUGAGGCUUAUGAGCAAGUAUGAUCUCCGGAGCAUGUUCACGGCAGACAUGACAGGCUUACACUUGCGACUGUACCAAUUCGAACGGCUUUUGGAAGAGUACGAACCUGCAGUGUACUGCCAUUUGCGACGUCGAAACGUUGCUCCCCAGCUUUACGCCACCCAGUGGUUCUUGACCUUGUUUGCAUACCGGUUUCCGCUGCAGCUAGUGUUACGGAUAUACGAUCUGAUACUCAGUGAAGGGUUGACAGCUAUUCUCAAGUUCGGCAUCGUGCUUAUGCAACGGAACAGAGAAAUCCUGCUGCAAAUGAGGGACAUGAGUCAUCUUACCAACUUUCUGAAGGAGAAGCUGUUUGACGUCUAUAUCGACAAGUCCCCGUCUGCCUCAUCGCUCCUGGACUCUGGCUUCUUCGGCUCAGUCAGUGGCGGUGCCGACAAGGAGCUGUACAGAGCGGAUGAGAUGGUUAGAGACGCAUGCAGCAUCAAGAUCUCUGACGAAACCCUGGCACAAUAUACCGUUGAGUGGGACGAGACACAGCGCGUGGACCGCGAACGUGAAGGGGAGUUGGAGAGCCUGCGCACUGCGAAUGUGGCGUUGACAGCAAGGGUGAAGGCGCUCGAGGAACGCGUGCAGCAACAUGAUUCCGAGCACGUCAACAUUGCGCAGGAUCUUGUCAAGGUGAAGCUUGAGAACGACACGUUACUCGACGAGAACGAGGGCCUCAAACUGAAGGUGGGAGAGCUGCAGAAGAUGGUGGAUGCGCAGCCUGCCGAGGUCGAAGAGAGACUAAAGGAGGAAAUGGAUCGAAUCAUGCAGCGGAAUAUUGAAGUGCAAAAUGAGAACAGACACUUGAAGGAGGAAAUGGAUGAGAUGGAACACGAGCUGGUCAAUUCCAAGAUGGCUCAUGCUCAGACUCAAGCCGAUUGCGACGCCAUCAAGCAGAAGUGGUCGAGCGUGCAGGCACUGCUCAACGAAAAGUCGUAA